AUGACGGGCAACCAGAGCCGUCGAGGGUCGUCCCGUCAUCAGAGGCGGACCCGCUCUCGCACAGCCAGAGCCGAGCUGGCAUUCUCCGUGAGCUAUAUGGAGCGUCUUCUGCGGGAGGGCCACUACGCCCAGCGGCUGAGCUCCUGUGCUCCAGUAUUUCUGGCUGCCGUCCUCCAGUACCUGAUGGCCAAGGUCCUAGAGCUGGCAGGCAACGAGACACAGGACAGCGGCAGGAGGCACAUCACCCCAGCGCUGCUGGACAUGGCCGUCCACAACAACGUGCUGCUCAGGGACUUAUUCGGGAUAGCAACGAUCUCCCAGGUUGCCCCGGCGCACAAGUAG